AUGCCUCUGAGGUGUAACGGGCAGAUGUGCAAGAGAAUCGGUUGGUUUGUCCUCUUUACUGUGUGGGUUCUUUGCACAUUUGCUACAGAAGCCUGUGCUGCCCCUGACUCCAAUACUAACUGCCGCUUGCCCAAAGAGGCCGUAACUGGCUAUUUGAGCCGCCCAGGAGACAUUAUCAUGGGAGGAACUUUCCUAAUUCAUUUGGACAGAGUCUUCAGUGAUAUUCAAUUCACUAGCAAACCCCCGGAGCUCCAGUGCCAGAUGUUUUCUAUUGAGUAUUACCAGAGCAUGCAGGCUUUAAUAUUUGCUGUAGAGGAGAUUAACUCAAACCCUGAGCUCCUUCCCAACAUCACUUUGGGCUACGAUGUCCUUGAUACCUGCUAUACUUUACGGCGAGCAGCACAAGGGACUCUUUCAAUGCUGUCCGGAGGAACAGAGAGCACCCCAAAUUAUAACUGUCACCAAGGGACUCGUCUUGCUGGUGUUGUUGGUGACUCAGGAUCCACACGGUCCAUUCUUAUGGCCCAAAUCCUGGGGCUGUACCAGUAUCCACAAAUCAGUUAUUUUGCAACUAGCCCGGUUCUAAGCAAUCGGAAUUUGUUCCCUUCCUUUUUCCGUACGGUACCUAGUGAUGAGUUUCAGAUGAGGGGUCUGGCCCAGUUGGUUUCUCAUUUUGGUUGGUCUUGGGUUGGUGUCUUGGCCAAUGAUAAUGACUACGGUCAAUAUGGACUUCAGAUAGCAAUGCAGGAAAUUAUAAAUAGUGGAGCCUGUGUGGCUUUCAAUGAGAAUAUCUUGACUGGCCGACCCAAUAGGAAUGCUCCUCGGCUUGCACAGGUCAUUAAAGAAUCAACUGCAAAGGUUGUGAUUGUGAUCACCACUGAUUCCGAUUGGGUGAUUGUGUUGGAAGAGCUGUUGAGGCAGAAUGUGACUGGAAAGAUUUGGAUUGCGACUGAAGCAUGGGCAACUUCAGAUUUACUCACUAAUGAACGAUUCCAAGGGAUUUUGUUGGGCGCCAUUGGUUUCGCGAUCUACAGUGGGCAGAUGCCAAGGUUUAGUGAGUAUCUAAACAGCCUCCAUCCAUCAAAUGAUCUUUAUGAUCCAUUUAUAAAGGAAUUCUGGGAACAAGCCUUCUCUUGUAAGUGGCCCAGUCAGAAAAAUGUUACCUUGGUGGACAAUGUCAGAGAACAAACCUGUACAGGGAAUGAAAGGCUGGAGAGUGUAUUAACUAAAGUAGAUCGGCGAGUGUCUGGCAAUGUCUACACUGCUGUCUAUGCCAUUGCCUGGGCCCUACAUAAUCUGCUUAACUGCACAGCCGGAGUUGGGCCAUUCCAUCAUGGCGCCUGUGCCAACAUUUCAUCAUUUCACCCCUGGCAUCUUCUCCAAUAUAUUAAAAAAGUGAACUUCAAGACCCCGGCUGGGAAUCGAGUCUUUUUCGAUGAAAGUGGGAACCCUCCAGCCAUCUAUGAUAUUGUGAAUUGGCAUCUGACUUCCCAGGGCUCCCUGGGGCAAAUCACAAUUCCAGUAUCCAAGUGCAGCCCAAGCUGUUCCUCAGGAUUUAGGAAGGUGAUUGUACCAGGGAAACCCCCGUGUUGCUAUGAGUGUGCCCGGUGUCCCCAGGGGCAGAUAUCCAAUCAAACAGAUGCUGUGGAAUGUCAUCCAUGUUCCUGGGACACGUGGCCCAAUCUACAGCAGGACAGAUGCCUACCAAGGCCUACAGAGUUCCUUUCCUAUGGAGAUCCUUUGGGUUACAGCUUAGCAGCAAUUUCUAUCUUGUCUUCCCUAAUUCCUCUUACAAUUUUGGGAAUUUUUAUCCGUUUUAAAAAUACACCAAUUGUAAAAGCUAACAACUACUCCCUUAGCUGCCUUCUCCUGCUUUCCCUGUUGCUCUGUUUCCUUUGCUCUUUAGGGUUCAUUGGUUACCCACAGCCUGAAAAGUGCCUUCUGCGCCAGGUGGCAUUUGGGAUGGUUUUUGCCCUCUGCAUCUCCUGUGUUCUGGCCAAAACCAUCACUGUUGUCAUUGCCUUUAAUGCAACCAAACCCGGCAGCAGGUUAAGGAAGUGGACAGGGGUGAAGGUCUCCUACUGUGUUAUUAUGCUUUGUGCCUUGAUUCAGAUAAUUGACUGUGCACUUUGGCUGAUCUUCUCUCCUCCCUUCCAUGAACUUGACACUGACACACAACCUGGUGUGAUCAUAGUUAAUUGCAAUGAAGGGUCACCCCCAGCUUUCUGGUGCAUGCUGGGAUAUCUUGGCCUCUUGGCCACCAUCAGUUUCAUUGUUGCCUUCCUGGCCAGACGCCUCCCUGACAGUUUCAAUGAAGCCAAAUUGAUCACAUUCAGUAUGUUGGCUUUCCUCAGUGUGUGGGUGUCCUUUAUCCCAGCCUAUCUCAGUGCCCGGGGCAUGUAUACUGUGGCAAUGGAGGUCUUUGCCAUCCUGUCUUCCAGUUGGGCUGUGGUGGGCUGUAUCUUUGUACCAAAAUGUUUCAUUAUAUUAUUCAGACCCAACCUGAACUCCAGAGAGAAUCUUAUAGGGAAAAGGACAUAA